AUGUCGUAUGGAUACCGCUACGAGGCGUUGUGCCGAAGAGCGGCCAAGGCUAAGGCAGCACCCACAUCGUCGAGCGGCGGCAAGGCUGCAAAAAAGAAAAAAUGGUCCAAGGGAAAGGUCAAGGACAAAGCGCAGCACGCCGUCAUCCUUGACAAGCCCACUUUCGAUCGUAUCAUGAAGGAAGUCCCGACUUUCCGAUUCAUCAGCCAGAGUAUCCUCAUUGAGCGACUGAAGAUCAAUGGGAGCUUGGCCCGGGUAGCUAUCAGGCACCUGGAGAAGGAGGGGCAAAUCAAGCGGAUUGUCCACCACAGCGACCAGCUGAUCUACACACGGUCAACGGGUGGCACGGACUGA